GCUGGCUUGGGCCAGCCCCGCCGAGGUGGUGGACGCCAAUUUCCGAGUCCGGUCGCUGCCAUGGGCCUGGGCGCCAGCACCGAACAACCUGCCGGCGGUACCGAAGGCUUCCACCUGCACGGAGUCCAGGAGAACUCCCCUGCCCAGCAGGCGGGCCUGGAGCCUUACUUCGACUUCAUCAUCACCAUUGGGCACUCGAGGCUGAACAAAGAGAAUGACACACUGAAGGCACUGCUCAGGGCCAACGUGGAGAAGCCCGUGAAGCUGGAGGUGUUCAACAUGAAGACCAUGAAGGUGCGCGAGGUAGAGGUGGUGCCCAGCAACAUGUGGGGCGGCCAGGGCCUGCUGGGUGCCAGCGUGCGCUUCUGCAGCUUCCGAAGGGCCAGUGAGCAUGUCUGGCAUGUUCUGGACGUGGAACCCUCCUCUCCCGCCGCUCUUGCAGGCCUGCUCCCCUACACAGACUACGUGGUGGGCUCCGACCAGAUCCUCCAGGAAUCUGAAGACUUCUUCACGCUCAUCGAGUCCCACGAAGGGAAGCCCUUGAAGCUGAUGGUUUAUAAUUGCGAGUCGGACUCCUGCCGGGAGGUGACCGUAACUCCCAAUGCGGCGUGGGGUGGAGAGGGCAGCCUGGGGUGUGGCAUUGGCUACGGGUAUCUGCACCGGAUCCCAACCCAGGCACCCAGGCACAGGAAACCACCCAGUGCCCCACCACCUGGCACUCUAUCACCUGAACCCCACAUACUUGAUGCCUCACCACCUGGACCCACCCCCCAGGACCUUCCUGUGUCUUCAGACCCAGAGCUGGGUUCCAGGCAGAGUGACUAUACAGAGGCCCUGCUGCAGGCCCCUGACCCCUCCCCACAGGAUCAGCUUCCUGGGCUUACGAGUCCCAGCCACAGUGCUCUUAACCUUGGAGGAGGACUUCCUUACCCCAUGGAAACUUCCCUUCAGCCUCCACCACCACUGCAGCGAGUCAUGGACCCAGGCUUUCUGGACGUGUCCGGCAUUUCGCUCCUGGACAGCAGCAAUGCCAGCGCAUGGCCCAGCCUGCCGCCUCCCUCAGCAUCUGCCGGCAUGGCCAGCUCCACCUCAGGGCCGGAGGAUGUCUGUUCUAGCACCAGUUCUCACGAGCGGGGCGGUGAGGCCACGUGGUCCGGGUCAGAGUUUGAAGUGUCCUUCCCAGACAGCCCUGGGGCCCAGGCCCAGGCCGACCACCUGCCCCGGUUAAGCCUUCCCGACAGCCUCACCUCUGCAGCGUCCCCAGAAGACGGGCUGUCUGCUGAACUGCUCGAAGCUCAGGCUGAGGACGAGCCAGCACACAGUGAGGGUACUGACAGCCAGGCGGAGGCUGAGGAGCCGCUUGGCCAGGCCCACCCCUCUACCCCGGACGCACACCCUGGGCUGUGACGGGCUCUGUGACACCUCGAGGGCAGGCAGCCCCACUGUGUGGCCAACCCAUCCCUGUGCAGCCUUCCCUGGGCCAGGCUACUGCUGCUAGUGCCAGGCAGGUGGAGCUGGCUGGGCUUGUGUGUCUGCUCAGACCUUCCUCCAGGCAACAGGAGAUGGCUCCCAGCACUCAGCCUGCUAGUCCUGCUUUGGGGGUCUCAAGUGCUCUGGGGGUGGGAGAGGGCUUGGAGUAGCACACCAUGUUAAAUGCCAUGUCAGCACUGGGCAGAAGACAAUGGCUGCUUUGCUGCUUGGUGGAGUGGACAGCCCCAGUGGGUCGAGAGGAGGCCAAGGGCUUGGAGGGAGGGCAUCCUUGGCUCCCACCCCACUGGACCCCACAGGUCCAGUGCCUGCUGUCGUCACGCCUGCCCAGGAGGUGCAGACUGUGGGCACAAUCCAGUGUGAAAACGAGGGACAGAGGAAGGACACAGUGUCGGUAUUGGCUCAGUCACUUUGUAGGCUUGCUUAGAUUCUCUUCACGUAGCUCUACUAGCGCCAUCUGUACUGGAGGGAAGGAGCCCCCUUCUCUUGUGUGCCCUCUCGCCUGUCCCACACUGUCUGCUGGUCCACCUUCGUGUUUCCCCUCCUCCCAUGCCCAGGCCUCCAGGCCUGCUCCCCUCAGCCUGAGCCUGGCAGUGUGACCUCAAGCUGCCCUUGCCCAGAGGUCCUAGCUCUUCCCCUCCCCAUCUUUCUGUCCCCUACCCUCCAAACUCGGGGGGGGGGGGGUGUUAAAUGGAUACUGAUGCUAAUUACUUCCAGGGUGAAUACUGAACCAGAGGUUUCUUUCUCUAACCUGCUAUGAAGGAAAGUGACAAAUGAAAACAUAAAUAAACAUGUACUAGACACUGAAAUAUUUUAACUAAAGCUUUUAUUCUAUACAACUGUGAAAUACGGUACUUGACCCUUUUGGCAUGGCAGACUCCAAUGUUCUGGAAAUGGUGUUACGGUUUGACUGGAGGGACAGAAAGUCAUGCUGGGGGUGAGUGCAGCCACCCCAGGCUCGGCACGUGGGGCAGAGCAACCUAGGCAAAGCCGUGCCUUUUGCUCCAGGCCCCUCGAGCACACACAACUGUCGGCUGGGAGAGGUUUCUCUUUCUCUUUUUUUUUUUUUUUUCUUUUUUUUUUGCCAUUAAUUCACAACUAUUGCUAAAAAAAAAUGUGCACCAAAAGCACACUGCUGUAUCCAACAAAUAGAAAGGACUUAA